CCGAUCGGUCAAUUGUCGUUCUCUGCUUUAACCACUUUUGCAUGAAGAUAAGUAAAAUCAGAAAUGGCUCCAUCUUUAGUAUUACUUAUAAACUUCGUGUAACCGCAGCAAGAAAGCAGAUUGGAGCGAAUUUCGAAGAAUCUGAUAAUUACAGGCAAAAAAUUGUUUUUGAUAUCAAAGUGAAAUUGACGAAAAUGGAUAUCGACACAGCAUACAUUGAGCCUCUGCACAACCACUGGCUUGAACAUAUUCGAAAAGAAAAUGAGAAACGAAAGAAAUUUAUUAGAGAAAAGAAUGAAUUCUUCAUGCCAUUCGUAGCUACCUCAAUGCCUGUAGUUAAGACAAUCUUUGCAAUUGCUGAAAAUUUAGGAUUGACUUCUAAUGCAAAGUAUCUCACUGUGUCUUUAUAUGACCAAUUCAUGUACAAUCACUUUAGUGAAGUGUACAGAACGGAGUACGAAAAUGGUUUAUUAUCUGAGGAAACCUGGACUCAAAUCUGCAAAAAAAUUUCUAGUCAGGCAAAAUUGCGACUCAUGUCGUGUAUGCAACUUGCAAGCAAAAUGGAUUCACAUUCAAAAGGAUUAGGAAUAUCACAAGUACUCUGUGUACUCCAAAGGAUUGACAAGGAUCACGAAUAUACACGAAACACAAUAUUUUCUUCGGAGUUUAAAGUUUUCAAGACUGUUGGUUUUAAAAUUCCGGCUAUUUUGACGCCUUUGCAUUGUAUACAAAUUUUGGUCGCUACGACGGGAUUGCGUCACACGCCAGGAAUAUUCGAUACUGUCAUUAGCGUAUUGGAUGCAGCUUAUUUACAGCACAACGAAUUGUAUAGCCAUAUACAGUUAAUGACACUGGGACGAUACAUGAAGUCGGAAGGCGAUAAACAAAAUUUUUUGGAAAUGGAAACCGAUACCCUUUAUUUGGCCUCUUCGGUUGUUCUUUGUUCAUUAUUUUUUUUAUCACUGGAUAAGAAGUUAGCUAAACACAUGGCCGUCAAGUUAUCCGAUCUUGUGAAUAUUCCGAGUAACGAUAUUUUGAAUAUGGCAAAUUUAUUAUUUACUAUGACAAUGCAGGACACAGAUCCUUUAUAAAUUGCAUUGAAUUCGAUUUAGGAUCAUAUAUUGAUUAUAUUGGUAAACAGUAUGAUUUCAUCAUGAUAAAAUUUCAAAACUAAGACCCAUUAUGUAUUAUUGAAUUUAUCUGUUUAUUUAUCUGCACAAUGCAUACAAGACUGUCAUUUCAAUAAAGAUUUUGUUCAAAUUUAAAA